AUGAAGCGAUCCGCUCUGAUAUUUCUUUGGUGCCUCCUGCAGCUGGCCUCCUGCGACUGCGACUUUAACCCCGGAGGUGUUGACUGGAAUGGCUUACAGUAUGACGAAAACUGCAUUGAAUUAGCCGGUGGUAGCAACGAUCGGCUUGCCGUCUGCCUCUUGCAACGGAUAUCUAUCAAUCAAAUGCUUAAAUGCGGCUUCUGGCACAUGAAUCGAAUGUAUACCCUUCAUGUCAGGCGGGGCAGUCCCGAGGACGGGCUUCAGCUCUUGGAUGUGGAGCGAGACGAAAAUAAUACAGAGGAUAACAACGAUGGCAUGGUCAAAGUGACGCCAAAAGACGUCAUGCUGAGCGUUGCAAUGAAAUGUGAGGAAUGCAAAGUAGCCAGGAGCAUUCACAACUGUCCUUACAACAACAAGUCACAGUUCAAAGCGUGUCUGUGUUGUGAGGGUGUCAGGCCUACUCACAUUCAGUGUCUACAUGACUGUCUCGGCAGCAAGGGACUGUUCAUUGAUUAUAGGAACUGGGUGGAGCCACAAUAUAGCUGCGACGCGAUAUGCCCAUAUAGUAGCAAUGGGAUUAUGGUUAGAGACGUCCUCGAGGGUCGACCAUGCCAUCAAUACUACCAUGUCGUAAACGGCUACCUGGUUGAACACGACAUUUGCUCCUCGGAUAAUAGUCAGUGGGUUCUUGGAGUUCGAGGCGAAGAUCGUUUGACCUUAACGAUGAAGAGUUAUGACUCGGCUCCAACACUGGACGCUACGACAGACAUGUCUCGCUCGGCCACCAACACAUUCAGUACAAAGUCCAUGAGUCACUUCUCGGGGUAUAGCACGGCCGCCACUCGAUCACUGGCGCAUUUCGAGACAACGACAUACUCUCCUCAACCUACUACCACCACGUCUGAGAAUGUGGGGUCCUUGAUCUUCGGCCAUGGAGCAAAAACGAUUGCGGCAACCUCCUUCUCUCUGAUUCUUCUACUGAAUUAA